UAUUAGUGUCGCACUUUUCUUUGUGCAACUAGGAAAGCGAUCCGUGUUUAUUCGUUUACAAUAUAUAGUUAUUUAGUUUUAUAUAUUUUAUAUAUAUUUUACUAUAUAAAACUAAAUAACUAUAUAUUGUAAACUAAAAACUUCAAUGGACAAUGAAGCUGACGUCUUUUAUCGACAGAUACCCAAAGUUGAGCUUCAUGCACAUCUUAACGGCUCUGUCAGCUUGGCAACUAUGGAGAAGCUCAUUGCCCGAAAGCCUCAUCUGAACAUCGAGUCCAGCAGGACAGCCAUCCACAGUGGGCAGUGCCGCACACUGAACGAAUGCUUCCAGGUUUUCAAAGUGAUCCAUCAGCUUGUAGAUUCCCAGGAAGACAUUUUGAUGGUUGCCAAAGCUGUUAUAGAGGAGUUUGCGGCAGACGGGGUGAAGUACCUGGAACUGCGCAGCACUCCUCGUGAAGAAACCAAAACAGGUUUGUCUAAAAGAAGCUAUAUUGAGACAGUUCUCGAGGCCAUCCAUCAGUGCAAGCAAGAAGAAGUGGAUAUCGAUGUCAGGUUUCUUGUGUCUGUGGACCGCAGAAAUGGCCAUGAGGUUGCCAUGGAGACGGUAAAGUUGGCCGAGGACUUCAUGUUGUCCAGUGAUGGGGUGGUGGUGGGACUGGACCUUAGCGGUGACCCUACAGUAGGCCAUGGGAAAGACUUGCUUCCUGCUCUUCAGAGAGCCAGGAACUGUGGGCUCAAGCUGGCCUUGCAUAUGUCUGAGGUUCCUUCUCAGAAGGAGGAGUCAGAGCUGCUGUUGGCUUUGCCUCCAGACAGAAUUGGCCAUGGCACAUUUCUACACCCGGAAGUGGGCGGCUCAGACGGCCUGGUGGAUAAAGUUUGUAAGAUGAACAUCCCUUUGGAAUUGUGCUUAACCUCAAAUGUGAAAGGUCAAACAGUACCUUCGUACGACAAGCACCACUUCCAGUACUGGUAUAAACGCCAGCACCCGUGUGUACCCUGCACCGAUGAUAAGGGGGUGUUUUGCACCGAUCUCUCUCAGGAGUAUCACUUGGCUGCGUCUACAUUUGGCCUCAAUCAGGAGGCUGUGUGGGCUCUUUCCCAGCAGGCUAUUCAAUGCAGUUUUGCCCCAGAAGCUUUAAAGCAGAAGCUGGAGCAGAGGUGGGAUGAGUUAAGACCUCAUAUCCUUCACUGACAAGGAUGAUCUCAGCAUCGGCUAAUGACUAUACAUCUGGGAUCCAGAGGGGUAUAUGAUGUAUUCGAGAUCUGCCUCUACCUCCCCAUGUUAUCACCCCUCAUACCCAACAUCCACAGUUAUAGUUAAACGUUUUAAUGUUUAUGAUUUUCUCAUGAUAAGAAAAUAGCAGUUCGAUCAAAUGCUCCAGGUAAACUUUAAAUGUUCAGGCUGCUAUCCAAAGGCCCAGGAUUCACUAAUCCUUCCAUUCAUCUGGAGCAACCCUGAUUUCUCUCAUGAUAUCCCCAGGAAAUGUUCGCUUUGUUUAGCACUAGAUACUCUCUGUUUUCGAAGGUUGUACUGUUUAGCCGUUUGUUCUCAUUAUAGUUGUGGAUUUACCUCUGAAAGACAGGUGAUGACGUGAAUGUUAAUAAUGAAGCGUCUCUCCUAUACGGUUAAAGUGUGAAAUGAAAUGAAAUGUGAUAUUAAUGUUAUAUUAAAUGACACACUGGUAGUCUGUGAGAUUACAUCAGUAAGGAAGUACAUACAUUUUCAAGCUUACUUUAUUAUGUUCACAGUUAAACCAUGAUUGUUAUAAUAAAAGACUGAGCUGUUUUUUAAUAAAUAGUGCUGUUCUUAAUGUA